AUGGCUUCUCCUCCAGAGGACCUCAUGGAUCUGGACGACCCCAUGGAACUGCAUGAUCCCAUGAAUCUAGAUGACAUCACAGACCUGGGUGACCCCAUGGAUCUGGAUCCCCCAUUUUACCCUCUUUCAACACUCCCGCUAGACUGCUGGAUUCUGAUCCUGAAGAAUCUUUCCCGCGCUGAUCUCGCUUCUGUAUGCCGCACAUCACGCGCCCUUUUCGCGUCAUCGACACCGACUCUUUACCGACAUGUGAAGAUCAACUGGACUUACCCAUCGCUAAGGGCGAUUCUUUCGUUACUGACAGUCAUCCGAGAACGACCAUAUCUAGCUGUUUGCGUUCGCGAUUUCGAAGCAUUGCCAUCUCGAUCACAUCCACCUUCGAGAUACGGCCCGUUCAUACAUCCGACCGUUCGACACAGGGGUUCGCUAUGUGAAUUCCCAGAAACAGUGGCCUUUGCGAAAGACAUCAUCUCCACGGCACAAUUCCCCUCUCCCGAAGACUGGACCAAUGCGCUAGAAGCAGGCGAUCCCCACGCCUUUGUCACGAUUCUGAUCACCCAACUUAGAAAUAUUCGAUCGCUGUGCCUCGACUACACCUUUGUCUGUACCGAUGGCUGGCCUGGAAGAAUGAUUAAGCAUGCUCUGUUUUCAACAGACAAACUACCCCGCUUCCCCAGGCUUACGUAUGUCGAGUACGGCUUCAAUGCCCCUCGACCCUUUGCCGGCGUGCAUUCAGACAACGUUGCCGCUAUGUACCCGAGCGGCAACCAGGAGCAAUUUUCGGGUUGGUUCUAUUUGUCUUCGUUGCAAAGUCUCAAUAUUUGGCUUCAAAGCACAGAUGGAAUUCUACCUGAGACGGAAGGCUUCUCGACUAAUCCCGCAGUGAAUACGCCUCGCCUGAAAAGCCUUCUGCUCGUGCACGUUCCGAUGAAUCAAGCCAAGGUAGGUCAGCUGCUGUCUUUUGCUAAGUCUGUGGAUGAAAUUCACCUUGGACUAAUUUUGAAUGUGCGAGAUGAUUCUCCGAACGCCUCGCUGGACCCCUUCGAUCAGAGUCGGGACCUCUUACAAGGCCUUGUGAGCCUUCGCAAUACCCUACGACAUUUGUCAAUUGAAUUGGCAAUAUCUACAUAUCCAGGGGGACCUCCACUCGCUGAUGCAUGGCAGGCUGAUUUGCUGGGCCAUUUCGAAGGGUCAUUGAAACAAUUUGAUCACCUUCGGUCCGCAGAAGUACCCAUGGUAUUUCUGCUCGGACUAGACAAGGGUGACGCCGAGAUGAAGGCCGCGAAUCUCGCAAGACUACUGCCAAGAAACCUGAGACAGCUUUGCCUCCGAGAUAACUCGGUGACUACUAAAUGCCACUGGAGUAUACCCCGUAUGAUAUCAGCCGUGCAACACAUGGUGCCCUAUGUGCCACAUGCGACCCCGUGGCUGGAACAAAUAUCGUUGCGAUCUUUCUGCGGCCUUGGGGGGCGAUUCAGCCGACUGCACGCCUAUUUGGCUACAGAGUCGUGCAUGAGUGUGAACAGGGGCAUCAAGUUUGAAGUUCGGAAUGAUGCCUGGUCCCCCGGACUUUGGACUGAUUUCCGGAGUCUGAUCAGAUGGCUCUAG